UUUAAUAAGAUAUAAAAAUCUGGUGGUAACUUGUCCAAUUUCUCACUGCUCGAUAUGCUUGCAGGGUUGCGGAUGUUUUGAUUUGUGGGUUUAAGACUUUAAAAAAUCGAAAGGCAAGAGUAGAAUAGAAAUUGAAUUGAAGACAUGGGUUCACGAGGAGCCAACAUGCUAAUAUCGAGGGCAAACAGAAUGAAAACGAAGCUGCAAUCUGUUUUGGAAGCUACCACAAUAGAACUCGAGGACGUCUCGCAUCAGCACGCUGGUCACGCUGCCGUCAAGCCCAAUAAUGUCGAGACCCAUUUCAAUUUGAAGAUUGUUUCUCCUAAAUUCAGUGGUCACACCCUCGUCAAGCGCCACCGCAUGGUCUAUGAUGCACUUGCGGAUGAGCUUCAAUCUGGAUUGCAUGCUCUCUCUAUUGUGGCCAAGACUCCCCAGGAGGAAGAAGCUGCUUCUCACAGAUGACCACUCGUUACGGCUACUGUUUGGAUAGAG